AUGGCAUCAGCGGUGAUAGUGCAUUUGCUGUUCUUUCUCUUCCAGAGCUCCGUGACUUCUGCCGCUUCACCGUUUGCAGGUGUCAAUAUCGCUGGUUUCGAUUUUGGCUCUGAUACACAGGGGAAGCACAAUCUAAGUAAUGCUUUUGGUCCUGUGAUCACCAUCGGCAACGGCAACAGUGAUGGUGCAGCCCAAAUGCGGCAUUUCGUCCAAAAGGGGCUAAACACUUUCAGAUUACCGACUACUUGGCAGUUCAUGAUCAAUAGCAACAAUCUCAACGGCAGCGCCGUCAACAUCGCAGCCAGCGGUUUCACGACGUCAGAUGGAACGCUGGACCAGAAUAAUACUGCACAGUAUGAUCAGCUUGUUCAAGAUUGUCUUGCAACCGGAUCUUAUUGUAUUGUUGACAUCCACAAUUAUGCUCGCUUUGAGGGCCAGAUAAUUGGCCAGGGAGGCCCAACCAAUGAGCAGUUUGCGAGCCUCUGGUCACAAAUUGCUACCAAGUACAAAAACGAAUCUAGAGUGAUCUUCGGCGUGAUGAACGAACCGCAUGAUAUUCCGGACCUUUCUUUAUGGGCCAACACAGUGCAGGCAGCUGUCACUGCUAUUAGAAUGUCGGGUGCUACUAAGCAACUGAUUCUGCUGCCUGGGACCGACUUCACCGGGGCUCAAACAUUCAUUAGCAACGGUUCUGCUGGAAACCUCAGUCGAGUCCAUAACCCAGACGGAACAAACACGAGCCUAAUAUUUGAUGUUCAUAAGUAUCUGGACUCAGAUGGGAGUGGGACACAUCUCGAAUGUGUCUCAGACCACAUUCAAGAUACAUUCACUCCUCUCGCUCAGUUCUUGGCCGCCAAUGGCCGUAAAGCCAUACUGAGCGAGACUGGAGGAGGCAACACCACUUCCUGUAUCACGGAUCUAUGCAACGAACUGGCUUUUAUCAAUAUGAACACAGGAUCCUUCAUCGGGUAUACUGCUUGGGCAGCCGGGGGCUUCUCGCCAUUCGACUACAGUUUGACAUUGACACCAAAGGGGUCUGCAGGCAAUUUCACCGAUCAGGAAAUUGCAAGUCUUUGCGUCAUCGGCACGCGGGUUGGAUAUUACAAUGAGACUGCAACCAAUGUCACCGAGACUGCAAGCUCGUCACAUUACUCGCAAUCCCAUUCUGUGUUGCCGCAGCCUGAAGUGGUACUCACAGCUGGUGUGCAGAAUAUCAAUCGGUGUGGGUGGAUUGGGAGUAUCACAGCACUAGCUGCUGUCUCUGAAAAACGAGAGUUGCCCCCCCCCCCCUGUUUUAUGACCCCUGUCAAAAUUUUUAAAGGUUUAUUAAAAAGUAGUCUUCUUUUAAUAACUUUAUUACUACUUAACCUAAAAAUAUAUAAAAAAUAUAUUUAUAAUCCUUAUUAA